AACAGCAUAAAUCCCAGCAGGGAGAAGUUGAGCUGGUUUCAUGGCUCCAGGAUGGAGGGGUUCCUGUCCACGUUUCCACCCUUCGGUGUGUACGGCAACCCGGGGUGCGCUCCACCGGCUCCGGGCAGCAGCUGGGCCAAGAGAGACUUCAUGACCCCGCAGGGCCUCAGCUAUUUGGAAAUCUGCAAGGCCCUCCUGUCCCAAGUGAGCCCCGGUUUGAAGAGAGCCAACACCAAGGAGUGCGGCGUGCAGGUGAACGCAAAGGUGGAUAAAAUCGUGCAGUGCUCUCUGGGUCCCAAAACGCUGUUCUGCGACGAACGUCCAGCUUCCUUCUCCAAGCCUCCCCACAGCCCGGAGCUGUGCACACCGGACGGCAGGGCGCAGCUCAACACGCCGCCGGUGAGCAACCUGCGCUUCCUCAGACCCGUGUCCAUCUACUCGCCGGUGUUCGACCGCAGGAUCUCCAUGAUGAAACUCGGCGAUGACUGUGGAAGCGAAGGAGAAGCCGAAGAAGUCACGAAGCAGUCCGAGUCUGAUGCUGAGACGGAGGGAAGCGGCGACGAGGAGGAGGAGGAGGUGAAGGACUUCAAGGCAGCUCUUCACCGAUCUACAAGGGGAUCCAACUUUCAGUUUCUCGAGCAGAGGUACGGCUUUUUCCACUGUAAAAAGUGUAACAUCCGGUGGGAGAGUGCUUAUGUAUGGUGCAUCUCUGGAACCAGUAAGGUGUACUACAAGCAGCUCUGCCGGAAGUGUCAGGUGGGGUUUAACCCCUACAGGGUGGAGUCCAUCCUCUGCAAGGGCUGCUCUCAGACUUGCUGUAGCUGUGAGAAGAAGCAGAGGCACAUCAACAUGAAGAGGCCUCACCGUCAGGACCUGUGCUGUCGCUGCAAAGGAAUGAAGCUGUCCUGCGAUGCCACCUACAGCUUCAAAUACAUCAUCUGAGCUUCCCUGACGCAUCCAUCGCCACAUAUAUAUCUGCUUGCAUUCGCCACGAAGGUUUGAGAUCACGUCACUAAUGUCAACAAACAUCUAGUACACAUCACCAACGGAAGCUGUCUCCAGUAACAGACGAAGAGUCAUUAUUCUCCUGCAAGAAGUUGAAUCUCUGCCUUAGUUUGUUUAUUUGAGAUGGCUUCUGAAAAUGCUGUCUCCUUCCCCUUCCAUUCAACCUGGUGCUUGACAAAACAUGAAAACUAUUUUUGUAAAGAAAGAAAUAAAGUUUAUGAAAUGUACACUGCA